AUGUUCACCUGGCGUUUGAAACUGAUCCUUCUGCUGGCCCAGGCACUCUGCGGACAGGCGGGUUACAUUGGCGGCAUUCCAGCGGCGGGAUUAUUGGGCAACUAUGCGGGCGCCUUGAGCGGCGGCGAGGCAUUAUCCAAACUGGAUUUGGGUGACAGUCAUACGGAUCAUACGGAUCACGAGCAACUGGGCACCUUGGGUGACCAUCUAAGUGAGCACAGCUUUCCGGCGGAUUAUGGCAGCAGCGAUGGCGGCGAGGAAUAUGCCGAGGCGAGCGAACAUCAUGAACACCACUAUGAACCGGAGCUGGAGGAGCAUCAUCAUGAUGAACAGCCGGUGCCUGGCAUUGAUCAUGGCAAGGGUGCCUUCAGCUAUAGCACGCUGUACGAGUUCAAGGAUCGGGACGAGCAUGAACAGCAUCAGUUGGAGCAUCAGCUCGAGGAAGAGCAUGUGGAGCAACAGCUCGAGCUGGAGCAUCAAAUCCAUAUGCUGGACAACCAUCAUCAUCAGUUGGAUCUGCACUAA